GGUCAGAGGUCACCACUAUAUCAGCUCUGGAGAGCAACUCUAGUUGGGACAACAGCUGUGAUAUUUGAAUAGCUAAUAGCGGUAACUUGAUUUUUUUGUUGUUGUUGCAGUCAUGGCACCGAUUCUACUGAACUGCAUGGGAAAUGACCACAGUGAAUACAUCAAACAACAAGUCCAGGUGAAAAAUCCCUACUUGGAUACCAUGGAGGAGGACAUUCUGUACCACUUCAGCAUGAGCACCAAGUCUCACAACUUGCCGGAGAUGUUUGGCGACAUUAAGUUUGUGUGUGUUGGCGGCAGCGCCAAUCGCAUGAAGGCCUUUGCCCAGUUCAUCCACGAGGAGCUGAAACUGCCCGGCAACCCAGCCGAAAUCCGAGAUAUAUGCGAGGGAACUGACCGCUACUGCAUGUAUAAAGUGGGACCAGUACUUUCUAUAAACCAUGGCAUGGGUGUCCCAUCGAUCUCUAUCAUGCUGCAUGAGCUCAUCAAACUGCUGCACCAUGCCCACUGCAGGGACGUGAUCCUCUUUCGCUUGGGAACAUCUGGUGGUGUUGGUUUGGCACCAGGCACGGUGGUGGUUACAGACAAAGCAGUGGACUACUCCUUCAGGCCCCAGUUUGAGCAGGUGGUUCUGGGUAAAGUGAUCACCCGGAGCACUGAACUGGAUGAGGGGGUGGCUAGUGAGCUUCUGCAGUGCUCCUCUGAGCUCCAAAACCUUCCAACUGUGAUUGGAAACACCUUGUGCACACACGAUUUCUAUGAAGGUCAGGGUCGACUUGAUGGGGCUCUGUGCUCCUUCUCCCAUGAGGAAAAGCUGGAGUAUCUGAGGCAAGCCUAUGAAGCUGGAGUGAGGAAUAUUGAAAUGGAGUCAACCGUCUUCGCAGCCAUGUGCCGUGUGUGUGGCCUCAAAGCGGCUGUCAUCUGUGUCACAUUGCUGAACCGCUUUGAGGGAGACCAGAUCACGUCCCCUCAUGAUGUUCUGGUGGAGUACCAGCAGAGACCACAAGCUCUGGUGGCCCACUUUAUCAAGAAACGCCUUGGACAUAUUGUCUAAAAGCACAACACUGCCGUAGCCCUCUUAAAUCAAUGUAUAUAGAUUUAACUGAUGUGUAUAUACUGUACUUAACAUGUUCAUAUGUGCAUUUCAAGACACUAAAGAUGCUUGAUUAAGUUAAAUAUUAUAUAACAUUAAUUUAAGUUUGUAUUGUAUCAUUGAAUGUGUGAUAGUUUGGUACCCGUGUUACGGAUUUUUCUAAUGAUGUUCUUUUCCGGUUGUUUGGUAGUACAUGCUAUCUCCAAAAACUAUAGGAACAAUUCGGAAAAACCUUGAGGCAAGGUUUUCAGUGAAAUAUAAAUGCACUGCAAGUAUAGUGGCUAAGUUUCCUAGCAUCAUCUCUUUUAAUGCUUUCGAUAAGAAGCUCAUAUAAAUCAUCUGUGAUUUUACUCAUGACUAACUUGUGAGCACACAUAAACAUAGUCACUUUAGUCGUCUAAUGCUGGUACAAUGUAGUCUCAUUAAAUAAAAUAUUCAUGUCUGUGUGACUGUCGAUACUGUUUGAUGCUGCUCAUAAGGUGCGCAUAGAAAACCGAGAAUCACAAUUUUAAUAAAGUUAGAACUGUGUUCAGUAAGAUGCUGAGGUAAUUCUGCAUGCAUUGCAUCAUAUACUGACAGCUGUUUCUAAUAUUUUGGCUACCUGAUGUUACGAGAGAGGGUGGUGUGCAGUUGUACACCACAACAAACUACAACCACAAUAAUAAACACACUGUGAAAUGAA